GUGGGUGGAAUGUCGAUGGCUCGUGUGUGUAUUCCGGAUAGGGCAAUCCCGGAGGCCGCAGUGCAUUAUCUUUAAGUACUGCGUAUAGAUACUAAACUCAAUUGUCCUCAGAUAUACCCAAGAAUACCCCAAGAAUACCCAGUUAUGGCGCGACCACCCUCUCAUCGUCCGCACCUCAGCGAGGCGACCACCAUCGUCGAAUCACCCGAAGAAGCCAAGAUAGACGAGCUCUCGGAGGGAUCCGAUGUAGAGGCCCAGAUAUCCAGAAAACCAUUUGCACACACCCGAUACGCUCUCUUAACCGUGUACCGGCGGCUGUUCGGGCUCGUCUUCCUCUCGAACCUAGGCGUGUUCAUCUACGUCCUGGCGACAAGACACCAGAACGAACUGAUCGCCUGCGUCAACGCCGCGGCGGCCAACCUGCUGGUCUGCGGUCUGGCACGGCACCCGCACGUCGUCAACGCCGUGUACAGCGUUCUCUCCGCCGUGCCGCGGAGGGCACCGCUGCGGCUGCGCCAUCUCGUCGCAAAGACAUACCAUUACGGCGGCGUGCAUUCCGGGUGCGGCGUCGCCUCGUUUCUCUGGUACGUCGGCUUCACGGCCAUCUUGACGACCCAGUACCUCCAGAACACCCUCGCCGUCUCCGUGGCCGUCGUGGUGGUCACAUAUCUCAUCCUCGUCGCCCUGUUGGCAAUCAUCCUAGCGGCGUACCCCGGUCUGCGAUCCAAGCGACACAACGUCUUCGAAUUCACCCAUCGGUUCUUGGGUUGGACGGUCGUUGCUCUCUUUGUCGUCCUGCUUCUUCUCUUCGCUCAUGAAUACACCGGUAGCAGUAGCAGCGAUAGCGGUAAGAACGAGGGUGAGGGUAAGAAUGAAGGUAAGAAUCAUAUGGGCGACUUUCUCCUUCAUCUCCCGGCAUUUUGGUUCCUCAUUCUCGCCGUGUUGGCCAUCGUACACCCAUGGCUGCUCCUGCGGAAGGUACAAGUCAGAGCAGAAUACCUCUCGCAACACGCCGUCCGGCUGCACUUCAACCAUACCUCGACCGGGUUUGCAAAGGGGAUCUCGGUUUCCAACCACCCCCUACGAGACUGGCAUGCGUUUGCGACGUUCCCGGACCUAGACGACCAGCCUGAAGGGGAUGAUGAUGAAGAAGAAGAAGAAGACAAAAAUAAGAAAUUCUCCUGUCUGGUUUCUCGAGCGGGGGACUGGACCACCUCCACGAUAGGAACCCCCCCACGCACCCUCUGGAAACGAGGCACGAUGCUCUAUGGGUUCGCCCAUCUGAUGAAAAUGUACGAGCGGGUGCUUCUCAUCACAACCGGGUCGGGGAUAGGUCCCUGUCUGGCCUUCCUGGGGGCGUCGGAGAGGGAGAGGCCUCUUCUCCGAGUUGUCUGGCAAACGCGUGCCCCGCUGGUGACGUACGGUCCGAAAAUCCUCGACCUGGUGCAUCGCUUGGAUUCCAAUCCUGUGAUUAUCGAUUCGGAUCGCAAGGGGAAGAGAGUUGAUGUGCUCCCUUUGGCGAGAAAACUCAUCAGUCAGUUUGACGCCGAUGCCGUCUGUGUGAUUAGCAACCCACGCCUGACGAGGAAAAUCGUCUUUGAGCUCGAGGCCACUGGCGUGGCUGCCUACGGGCCUAUUUUUGAUUCUUGAUAUAUGCCAUG